GUUCUCUGUUGUUUCUCCUGCACCACUUAUCCUUCCUUUAUCCGCCUCUCUUUUCUGUGCUAACAUUCCUUCGUUUUUCUCUUCCUAUUACAAUAUCUCAAAUGGCAAUCUUGACUGCAAAUUCAAUGUUAUUAUCUUGUCACGAAUCCACAGUCAUAACUAAUGUACCAUUGAUAAUGAAGUUAGGUCAAAUAAGGUUUCACAGAACAGUAGGUUUUCACUCCAGUAGUCUUGUUUUCAGACUAUUCUCUACUACCACAAAUCGAACUACACGCUUCAAAUCCUUAGUAUCUUUUAGAAAUCAAUCUCUCACUAUCAAAGCCAAACUCCAUCAUCAUUCCUCCUCUCAUACUAAUCGCCCAUCGAUGUUGACGAACAGAAUACUUGAAUUCAUGGGAAACUGUAGAUAUUUACGCACAUUGGAAGUGGCUAGUAUUUUGGCCUGGUUUCUAGUAAUUGUUCCUUCAGUUGAUGCUGUUGACGCUCUCAAAACUUGUACUUGCUUAUUGAAGGAAUGCAGGAUAGAACUAGUUAGGUGUCUCUCAAAUCCAUCAUGUGCAGCCAAUGUUGCUUGCCUCCAAACUUGUAAUAAUAGACCUGAUGAGACAGAAUGCCAAAUCAAAUGCGGAGACCUGUUUGAGAACAGUGUAGUUGAUGAAUUCAAUGAGUGUGCUGUGUCACGGAAGAAAUGUGUGCCUAUGAAAUCAGAUGUGGGAGAAUUUCCUGCUCCAAAUCCUGAUAUCCUUGUUCAAAACUUUAACAUUGCAGAUUUUACUGGCAAGUGGUUCAUCAGUAGUGGUUUAAAUCCAAGUUUUGAUACUUUUGAUUGUCAAUUACACGAAUUUCACACAGAAGACAACAAACUUGUGGGGAAUUUAUCAUGGAGAGUAAAAACUCCAGAUGCUGGAUUUCUUACUAGGUCAACCCAGCAGAGAUUUGUACAAGAUCCCAAAUACCCUGGCAUCCUCUAUAAUCAUGAUAAUGAGUACCUUCACUAUCAAGAUGACUGGUACAUUUUGUCAUCAAAGAUUGAAAAUAAGUCGGAAGACUAUGUUUUUGUAUACUAUCGAGGUAAAAACGAUGCAUGGGAUGGAUAUGGAGGUGCUGUUGUGUACACAAGAAGUAAAACUUUACCAGAAUCUAUAGUGCCUGAACUCGAAAGAGCUGCGAAGAAAGUAGGAAGGGACUUUAGCAAGUUUAUCAAAACAGACAAUACUUGUGGGCCAGAGCCUUCCCUAGUGGAAAGACUGGAGAAAAAGGUGGAGGAAGGAGAAGAAACUAUUGCUAGAGAAGUCGAGGAGUUAGAAGGAGAAGUAGAGAAGGUGCGAAAAACUGAAAUGACAUUAUUUCAGAGGUUGGCUGAAGGGUUCAAAGUGCUUCAAGAGGAUGAGCAAAAUUUCUUAAAAGGCUUGUCUAAAGAGGAGAUGGAAAUACUUGACGGACUCAAAAUGGAAGCUACUGAAGUAGAAAAGCUCUUUGGAGGUGCUUUGCCUUUGCGAAAACUAAGGUAGAUUUGAAAAGUGAACCAAUUUUUUGUUGCUUCUUUUUUCUAUGUUGCAUGGAUUUAGACAACCUUUUAAGCUAUUCAAGUAUUCAUUGUAUUCAUAAGUUAUUUUGGCACGAUUAGGUGUAAAGAUUUAGUGUACUGUACAGAACUACAGAUAAAAGAUUCUUCCUCUGGUUCUAUUGA